UGAAGUAGGGAGGAAGAAAUACUACAGAUGGACCUGUAAGUUUGCACCCUUUUUCAGUGUGGCAUUUGGAAGACAGUAAAGGCGGAUCUGUACUCUGAAAUGCAGUAAUUUCCAUGUUUGAAGUCAUCUCCCUUCUUGAAGAGAAGAUUGAAUAACUCAGUGUCAGAGCCAAGACAUAAACUCAACUUCUUCUCAAAGUUCCACCUCACAGCAUGGAAGCUGUCGCCAAGUUUGAUUUCAUAGCCUCAGGGGAGGAUGAACUGAGCUUUCAUACUGGAGACAUCCUGAAGAUCUUAAGCAACCAGGAGGAGUGGCUCAAGGCGGAGCUUAGGAGCCAAGAGGGAUAUGUGCCCAAGAAUUUUAUAGACAUCCAGUUUCCUGAGUGGUUUCACGAGGGCCUCUCCCGACACCAGGCAGAGAACUUACUCAUGGGCCAAGACGUGGGCUUCUUCCUCAUCCGAGCCAGCCAGAGCUCGCCAGGUGACUUCUCCAUCUCCGUCAGGCACGAGGAUGAUGUUCAGCACUUCAAGGUCAUGCGAGACAACAAGGGCAGCUACUUCCUGUGGACUGAGAAGUUCCCAUCCCUAAAUAAGCUCGUGGACUACUACAGGACAACGUCUAUCUCCAAGCAGAAGCAGAUCUUCCUGCGGGAUAGAAACCAAGAAGAUCAGGGUCACCGUGGAGGCAGCCUGGACCGGAGGUCCCAGGGCGGCCCGCAUCCCAGCGGGGCUGCCGGAGAGGAAGUCCGACCUUCAGUGAACAGGAAGCUGUCGGAACAGCCUUCUCCCCUUUCCUCCCAGUACCACCCACACCAGCCCCCACAGUGCCCCCCGGGCCCGCAGCCCCCUCUGCAGCGGUAUCCGCCACAGCACCCUUUUCAGCAGGACCGCCGUGGGGGCAGCCUGGACAUAAAUGACCGGCACUGCGGCCUGGGCCUCGGCAGUGAAAUGAAUGCUGCCCUCAUGCAUCGCAGACACACGGACCCUGUGCAACUCCAGAUGGCAGGGCGCGUGCGCUGGGCCCGGGCGCUGUACGACUUCGAAGCCCUGGAGGACGACGAGCUGGGGUUCCGCAGCGGAGAGGUGGUCGAGGUUCUGGACAGCUCCAACCCAUCCUGGUGGACCGGCCGCCUGCACAACAAGCUGGGCCUCUUCCCCGCCAACUAUGUGGCCCCCCUGAUGCGAUGAACCCUUCUGGGGAGGCCAGAGGCUUCCUGUCUGGAGCUGCCCGCGAGAGAAGUGGCCAGGAAAACAGCCGGACCUGAUGACUAUUUUCACAUGCGAGUGUACAUAUAUACAUGAACACAAAUGCCGUGAAUACAUUUUAUCACAGUAACUUAUUGACGAUUGGAGUGGGC